GGUAGUGAUGAAAAGUUCAAUGAGAAAAGCCAAAAGAAAACAAGAAAACUGUUUCGGUAUAAAACUCCAAACUUUUCAAAGCUCAAUCAUCAGUCAGUUGUGAUCGGUUGUUCAAGUCACAUCAAGGAAAGGCAAACAUGAAGGCGUUCAUUGUGUUAUCUAUGGCCGUGGCCAUCGCUAGCUGUGCGGCAGUCGACAACUCCCAAAAGGACAAGCGCGGAAUCUGGGAAGAAGGACACCAGGACAACUACGCUUUCUCCGAGCACCACAACGGGUACGAUCAUCAUCAGCAGUAUCAGAACCAGCAUGAUCUGUACGACCACCAGGACGAGCAUCACGGACAUCACGAGCAUGACGACGACGAGCAUCACUACCAGAACACUCACGACUGGGAACCAAAGAAGGAGGUCAAGCACAUCAUCACCAAGAAGAUCCCCGUCCCGUACCCAGUUGAGGUCGAGAAGCACGUACCAGUCCACGUGAACGUCCCGUACCCGGUGCACACCGAAACCAAGGUCCCGGUGGUCGUCGAGAAGAAGUACCCCGUGUAUGUCGAGAAGAAGUACCCCGUCCAGGUUGACCGUCCCGUCCCGUACCCAGUCGAGGUCAAGGUUCCCGUUUACAAGAAGGAAUACGUCGAGGUCCCAAAACCGUACGCAGUUCAUGUUGAGAAGCCUUAUCCGGUGUACGUGAAAGAACCGGUCUACAUCGAGAAGCCAGUCCCGUUCACCGUGUACAUCAAGAAGACCCACAAGAAGCCGUUCUGGGGUUAAGCUUAGUGUAUAAGGGUAAUCGAAACAAGACUGGUCUUAAGCUAUAGUUAUACAUUACGAUUAUUGUUAAAAAUGUUUCCAAAUCGUUGAAAAUAAAAUAAAAAGAGAACUAAUUCCAAACGACACAA